AUGGUUCUCCGAUCACCAUUUGUGGUUGAACUGGAAGUGGGCAAUCGUGGCCCCAAAGCAUUGAUGCUACAGCUAGAGCAAUAUAUCCAGCUUCCACACAGUGCAUAUGCUCUGGGUAUCAAGAUUUACAAGAAGCGCCGUCAUCUGCCGAACCACCCCUUUGCUGCUGUUGCCAUCUUGUGGCACCAACCCCCUCUGCCUGUGGGAGGGGGUCCACCACCAGGCAUUAACUUGGUGAAUGUUUGGAACUUUGGGACUGCAGACUUGCAUCCAAGUUCGAAGAGGGCCUUCUGUGGACUAGGACCUGGAGUUCCCGCUAUAAGACUCCCGCUACCUGCCAUGUGCGAUUUUCAAUACCCAGCACCCAACACCAUUAUCAAUGGGCCGUCGGCCACGCUGGUGACAAAUCAAAAUAUCAUUGAUUCAAAUGGGGGUCUGGUCCCAGCUGGGCCUAAUUUGACCAUCGAUCUGGCUGUUGUUGUGGAAAAGGCAGUGAUCAAUGAUUAG